AUGGUGGCCAAACUGCACGGGACAAGACAUGCACCUAGGAAAACUUCACCGACUGAUUUAGAGUGUACGAGCAUCCUGUCCAUUCGCUCGAAGACCUGGCUACCCAGACCCUGGAAGAAUUUGUUCUCCCUCACGGUCAGCCUAGCUACCAUCGUCCUCUCCUCCCUGAACCAGGCCACUCGAGGAAGCAAUGUCAAACGUGGCUCACAGGCUAGUCGACUGGUGUUCCUCCUCCAGCCUAGUAUGGCUUCUACUCUGGUCCCUGGACCCUGGAGUGCAGCCCUCUGCGGAUGGUACGAGUUUUAUACCAACGUCUGGCUGGACGGUCAGUGGUGCAAGACAUAUCCAGAACUGCAUAAAAAGUACCGCUCUCCCGUUGUCCGGGUCGGACCCGAUCAUGUUCACGUCAAGGAUAUUGAUACGUAUGAAACAAUCUUCCGCAAUGGCACGGAUUUCUACAAGGACCACACAUUCUACACCUGUGCCGACAACGACGGAUCCAUCUUUUCGCUGAGUGAUCGGGACGAGCACCGCGCGCGACGGAAAGCCCUCAGUCCCCGCUUUUCGAAGCAGGCAGCCGAAGCCGAUGCUCCCGGGAUUUUGCACCAGCUUCGGCGCAUGGAAGACUUCAUGGUUCGACAGUCAAGGCAGGGGAAAAGCUGCAAUAUCAACGAUCUGUUCCGGGCGUUUGCAAUCAAUGUCGUAGGCAAAACGCUCCUUGGUGACUGCGGUGACCUGGUUGAAUAUGAAGAGACCAAGCCUGAGCUGCUCGAUACCGUCGACGGAUUGUCUGUGAUGAUUCCCACGCUACGAUUCUUUCCCUACCCGGCGGCCGUCAACAGCAUCGUCCCAACCUUCAUAGCAGACCGGUUAGUUCCUACAGGUGUGCUCAAUUUUAAAAAGACAUGCGAGGCCUAUACAAGGUCACGAGUGGACAAGCCCGUCCGCAGCGACGUUGAGCGCAGCAGUGCAUCAGUCAUCGAGCUCUUGGUUGCUCAUAGCUACGAUACCACCGGAAAACCGCCGACGCUCGACUAUCUGGCUGCAGAAGCCUUUACGUUCAUCGAUGCCGGGGUCGAUACCGCAGGUAGGACGCUGGCGGCAGCAGUGUACUACAUUCUCCGGAAUCCGAGGAUACAGAAGAAGCUCAAGGACGAGCUGGACGAGUCGGACGCGUGGAACUCGGGGGACCUCGAAUUCGACGUGCGAAAAUUGGGGAGUUUGCCCUAUCUGAAUGCGAUCAUCAAGGAGGCGCACCGGAUCUGGCCAGCACUCCCUGGGCCGCUGCCUCGUGUGGUUCCUCCUGAGGGAUUGCAAGUCGGUUCGUACUUUAUACCAGGUGGGACCAUUGUAUCCGCCACCCACCACUCACUCCACUUCGACGAGGAGAUCUUCCCUGAACCCAACGAGUUCAAGCCUGAACGAUGGCUGCAAAAUAACAGAACGGAUCUCGAUCGGUAUCUCAACCCCUACAGCCGUGGUAGUCGGGCCUGUAUCGGAAUCAACUUGGCCCAGAUGCAACUCCAGUUGGCAUUAGCUGACAUUUUCCACCGUCUUGACCUGGAAUUAUGUGAGCCGAUUCCAUCGGUUUUGAGCUGGAAAGACCAUUUCGUCGCGGAACCGACCAGCCCCAUUCAUAUCCGCGCGAGGCCCAGGCUGUCUCCGUGA